AUGGAGUUGGAUUGCUUGGUUGAAAUCUUCAUGAAGCUCAGCCUUGACGACCUCACCCUCGCUGUCCCCUUUGUCUGCAAAUCAUGGCUUGCCGCCGCCGGCCACCCUCUUUGUUGGAAAAAGCUCGAUUUCCGGCGACUCGACGUCCUUCCAUGGAGCAAUUUCUCAAAAAACUUCACACUUCAAUACCAUCUCCCUUACUUCACCUUCACAUACUUUUUAAAAUUCACCACGAAUCGAAGCUGCAAAUCUGUAACUGACCUCAGAUUUCCUCUGAAAUUCACUUCCAUGGAGGACCUGGUAUUAGCAUCCAAUGAGUGCCCAAAGUUGAAGUACCUUGCUCUGCCAGUCAUGUCUGAAUCUGAACAGAUUCAGAUUCCACAACUUGUAUGGAAGUGGAAAGAUCUGGAGAGACUGGAAAUGGCAUCAAAGCCAUUGAAUUUCGCCGAAUUGGUGAAGAACAUAAGCUUGACUUGCAGAAAUUUUUCUUGGUUGAUGGUUUCAGGACCUAUAAGAGAAGAGGAUGCAUUGGCUAUUGUUAGAUAUCUGCCUAAACUGAAGAAAUUGGAGCUGAAAAACUCAUAUUUGCCUAAGGAGGAGUUGUUGAUGAUACUGAAUGGUUGCAGAGAGUUGCAGAAACUGAAUUUGAAUGACUGUAUUGGAUUUAAUGGAGAUGACGAAGAUAUCAAUGCCAAAGCUUCGCACAUUAAGGAGUUCAGAAAGGAAAGAUGUAAACUUUAUUAUGAGUAUGAUUAUGAGUCUGAGUUAGGUUUAUAUGAUUAUGUUAUGUGA